GACGACGUGCGUACGCUCGGUCUCCAGGGUCCACAGCGUGUGGAGCGGCGCGGAGGAGCUCCAGUAGUAGCCGAGCAGCCGCGUCGAGACGAGACGAAACGAGACGAGACGGGAACGGAGCGGCGGCGUCCUUCUUCGCCUCUUCUUUCAGUCGCCGCCGUUGCUUCGGACUCGCAGACACGAUUUGCCAUCCAGAGAACCAGUCGCAUCGGCCAGGCAGACGGAAAAAAAGGACGAAAUCCACUGCCGAAUCUGAGGUCACCGGUCCUCGGAGACCUGGGACUCUGGAGAGACCCGGAGACCCGGAGAUCUUGAAGACCUGAAAGUUCUCGAGGAGCUGGAGACUAUGAAAAGCUAGAGUGAUCCUGAAGAACCUGGAGAGACCGCGGAGAUCCCGGAGAUCUAGAGACUCUGAAAAUCCAAAGUUUCCAAAGACCUAGAAAACUUGAGAAGACCUAGAAGAGACCCGCAAACCUAGGCAUCCUGAACACCUGGAGAACCCAGAAAACCUAAAGAGACCCUGAAGACCUAGAAAGAGACCCCGAAGACGUGUUCAUCGAAAAAGUCAAGCGUUCGCCGAAGAAACGAGGCAGCCGAACAGAAGAGAUUGUGUCAGCGAAGCUGAGAGAGGCUCGCAAACAGGACCGCCACAGCAGGACCUCCCGGGUGCCAGUAGGUGAAAGUACACUUGGCUCGUUGCACAGUGGUCCCUCGUCUCGGUGACGAACACGUGCUACCGAUCGGUGUGCGAACGUCUCUGAUGCGAGAAGGAUCGGUCCCGCAGCUAUGAUGGGCCGACUGGUACUGCUCGGUGCAGCUGUCUGCUGCUUCGUCCUGCCGAUCCUGCAGGAGUCGGCCGCGAAACACCAGUGGAUCGACGCCAGAAGGGAAUGCCCGCGUUUGUGCUUGUGCUACUCGACCACGGUGCAGUGCACGUCUCGGAAGCUGGGCCAGGUAGUGCGGGUACCGGCCAACACGACUAUCUUUGAUCUGCGGAUGAACUACAUCGCCGUGAUCCGUCCAGGCAUCUUCCACGGCUUGUCGGAACUGGACAGACUCCUGUUGAACGGCAACCGCAUCAAAUACCUGUGGCCGAAAACCUUCGAGGGUGCGCCGAACCUAAAGGUGCUCAAUCUCGGUAGCAACCGUUUGGUGAGUAUAACGCCAGGCGCGUUCGCCGGUCUACCGAAACUGAGAGAGCUGUAUCUGGAGUACAACCACCUGAGGGAGAUCAAGAAGGACACGUUCAGCAAUCUGCCGGCCCUGGAACGGCUGUUCCUUCAUAACAACAUGCUCCAUCAUCUGCCCGCCGACGCGUUUCACAACGUCGGCCCGAUGACGAGACUCCGUCUGGACAGUAACGCAUUGGUCUGCGACUGUAAUCUCGUCUGGCUGGUGCAACGACUGCAGGACCAGCCUCUGCAGAGAGAAGCAUUGUGCGAGUCGCCGGUACAGAUGCAGGGUCGUUCGUUGAUGGCGAUGUCGCCCAACGAUUUUCAUUGCACCAAGCCACGCAUCAUGAGCGGGCCAGAAGACGUCAGAGUGCGACUCGGUGGCACGAUAACGUUCAGCUGCGAGGUGAUAGGCGACCCUACGCCAGAGAUCAUGUGGAUGCGGGACUCGAACGAGGUGGCAAUCGACGGUUACCGCAGCAUAAUCCAGGACAACGGUAGCCUGGUGAUCUCCGGCGUAACCAUGCAGGACACCGGCGAGUACGAAUGCGUGGCGAGAAGCGAGAUGGGCUUGACGAAGUCGCGGAAAGCCAGAGCUGUGAUCACCGUGCCGCCGUCGCUGAGGUUCUCCGAGCUGCCCGAGUCGCAGACGGUGUCGGUAGGCGCGAACGUUUCUUUCACCUGCAAGGUGGAGGAGGGCCUGCCCACGGACAGGGUUGAAUGGUGGCGUGACGGGCAGCAGCUGAGCGUGGGCGGCCGGAUUGCUAUCGAGGGCAACGGGGAGGUGUUGCGUAUACUCGCCGCUGAAGAAUCCGACGCGGCUAGGUACGUCUGUCGCGCGAGAAAUGAAAACGGCUACGCCGAGGCCAGCGCCGAUUUGAGGGUCGUCGACUCGGUCUACGGGCCGCCCAAGCUGACCUACAAGCCGCAGGACAUGGAGGCGGAACACGGCGCGAUUAUAGAGGUCCCGUGCAGGGUGGAAGGCGUCCCGAAACCGGCGAUAGUCUGGAAGAAAGAUGGAACCGCGGUUGAAGGGAGCAGGGUCAAGGUAUCGCGAGCUGGGAGCUUGUACCUCUACAACGUCACCACGGCGGACACUGGCAGGUACGAGUGUUCGGCAGUGAACGACUACGGUCGCGCGACGGCCCAAGCUCUGGUUCGCGUUCGCCAGCCUGGAACGUCGGACGUGCUGGUGAUAAGAGCGUUCAAAGACGCGAAGGAGGAGAUCGAUCGCGCGAUUAACAACACGCUGAUAAGUCUGUUCAGCGGGAACGCGUCCGAACGCGUGAACCCGUUCCGAUUGGCGCGGUUUCCGGAUGCAGUCGGCCGCGCCGCGGCCAGACCGGCUGAAAUCUUCGAGCGGACGCUCGUCAACAUCAGACGGAUGAUCAGCUCUGGUGUCAGCACGAACACCACCAAGGAAUAUCACUACGAGGAAUUUUUGACACCCGAGCAGGUGAGAGAAAUCGAAAGACUGUCCGACUGCACGGGCCACAGGCGUCGGCGGAAUUGCACCAACAUGUGCUUCCACCACAGGUACCGCAGCGUGGACGGCAGCUGCAAUAAUCUGCGGUAUCCUACAUGGGGCUCGUCCUACACCGGUUUCCGCAGAGUUCUGCAACCGAUUUACGAGAACGGUUUCUCGACGCCGGUCGGAUGGGAGAAAGGCCGUCGUUACUACGGCUAUCCGAAGCCCGCUGCGAGACUAAUUUCGACCACGUUGGUGACCACGCAGCACGUCACCUCCGACGAAAGGAUCACGCACAUGGUGAUGCAAUGGGGCCAGUUUUUGGACCACGACUUGGACCACUCGCUGCCCUCGGUGUCCAGCGAGUCCUGGGACGGCAUCGACUGCAAGAAGUCCUGCGAGAACGCCGCGCCUUGCUUCCCCAUGGAAGUUCCACCGAGAGAUCCCCGAAUAAACAGCAGAAGGUGCAUCGAUUUCAUCAGGACCAGCGCGGUUUGCGGCUCCGGGAUGACGAGUAUAUUGUGGGGCAGCUUCUCGCCCAGGGAGCAAUUGAAUCAGCUGACCAGCUACCUGGACGCUUCUCAGGUGUACGGCUACGACGACGACUUGGCCAGAGAUCUGCGGAACUCUGUCACGGACCAUGGUUUACUGCGCGAAGGUCCUGCCAUCCCCGGUCACAAGCCUCUUCUGCCGUACGCCUCCGGCCAGUUCGUCGAUUGCAGGAGGAAUCCUCUUGAAAGUUCGAUCAACUGCUUCGUGGCCGGGGACAUCCGAGCGAACGAGCAAGUCGGUCUCCUAGCUAUGCACACGAUCUGGCUGAGGGAGCACAACCGCGUCGCUCGCAAGCUUCGGGAGAUGAAUCCUCACUGGAACGGGGAGAAGCUGUACCAAGAAGCCAGGAAGGUCGUCGGCGCCGAGAUGCAGCAUAUCACCUACCAGCAAUGGAUGCCGCACGUCUUCGGCGGCACAGCCGACGAUAUUAUGGGCUCUUAUCGAGGCUACGACCCUAAUUUGGACGCCAGUGUGUCGAACGUGUUCGCCACCGCGGCUCUGAGGUUCGGGCACACCCUGAUCCAACCGCGACUGGAACGUCUGGACGAGUCCUUCCAGUCGAUUCCCCAGGGUCCUCUUCUUCUACGAGACGCUUUCUUCGCGCCUUGGAGACUGGUGGAAGAGGGCGGAGUCGAUCCUUUGAUGAGAGGCAUGUUCGCCACCGCUGCCAAGUUGAAGCUGCCCGAGGAGAACUUGAACUCGGAACUGACCGAGGGGUUGUUCUAUCAGGCUCACGCGGUUGCUCUGGAUCUCGCUGCGAUGAACAUCCAACGCGGCAGAGAUCAUGCUCUUCCGGGGUACUUGGAAUGGAGACGGUUCUGCAACAUGUCCUACGUGGAGACUUUCGAGGACCUGGCUGGUGAAAUACGGAAUGCUAAAGUACGACAGAAGCUGAGGGAGCUGUACGGCCAUCCUGGGAACAUAGACGUUUGGGUCGGCGGCGUUCUGGAGGAUCAACUGCCCAACGCCAAGGUGGGACCACUGUUCCAGUGUCUGUUGCUGGAACAGUUCAAGCGGACCAGGAACGGAGACAGAUUCUGGUACGAAAGCCCAACUGCCUUCAAGCCGGAGCAACUGGUGCAAAUCAAGCAGACCAGCCUGGCCAGGAUCCUCUGCGACAACGGCGACAAGAUCGACCGUGUACAACCCAACGUGUUCCUCUUGCCCGAGGCCGACAAUAAAUUCGUGACCUGCGACGAGCUGCCAUACGUCGAUCUAAGCGUCUGGUCCGAUUGCUGCGACGGAUGCGAGGAUCAUAGCAACACGAUCUCGCGUUUCCGGCGCAGCGCGACCAAAUACUUAGCCCCGCAAAAUAAUUUAGCGAACGAUCUGAUGAAGCACAAUACCGGCGAGAGGAUCGACUAUUUGGAAGAGAUGAUCGAGGAGACUGAAAAGGAGUCUAGGAAACUCGCAACGCUAGCCGAAUCGCUGUUUCGUAAGAUAGAAGAACUGAGGUCCCUCUUAGACGACGUAAAAAAUGCUGAAAUAAAAUGAUAAACAGAUUGCCAUUGUCUUUGCAGAUCGUGACUACUUAUCAAUUAAUAUUUUAUCGAUUCACUUAGCUAGACGCGCUUGUAUUUUAUUAACACCACACAUUUGUUAAUGUACAUACACUGUGAAUUAUGGAAACUGCAAACAUGGUGCAAAGAUCAAAUCUUUGUCGUCCUUUACUGUAUUUUGGUUUAUCGUUUGAUAAAAAUGGAGAGAUUUAUAGAAAAUCGGAUUUUCUAUAAUUCUGUGUUCGCAAGGACACCAGUUCUGUUGGAUCACGGAGAAUUGUACGUUGCUUUAAUAAUAUUAACGAGAAACGUUUCAGCAUUGAUUUAGGACGAAUUAUUUAUAUGAACAGUGUUGUUGCAACACAAAUCUUUGAUAUGUAAUUUAGAUUGUAGAUUGUAGAAAAGUCAUGUAAGAUUGUAACUUUUUAUUUCGAGUAGCUUUUAAUCGUUUUCUUUUAUAUGUAAUUGUAUCGCAGUACGUUUCGAUAAUGAUAGAAAGUAUUUAGACAUUAAAAUCGUCUCUUUUAUACGAACAUAUCACCAUCCAACUUUAUGCGUUAUGCGAGUUGGUCGUUUAUACAUCAGAAAAUAUAAUUUAAUGCAUUCUGUGCUGAGCAGCGACUAUUGAAAUAUUUUUUUUCCAGGGAUUGCUAACGCGUAUGUUGCUUGAUAUGUACAAAUUUGAUAUUACUCGUUUCUAUGUCACCAGCAAUUGCAUUUCUCAUAAUCUUGUGCCAUUAAACACUGUAGAAUGUAUUAUAAUGAUUUAUAAUAUAUAUUUUAUAUAGUAAAAGAAAUAUUUUAGUCAUAAUGUGAUAAUUUGAUAUCGAAUAAAAGAGAAUGCUACAUGAUAUUGCGUACAGAAAAUGUAUUCGUUACAACAACUUUAUAUAACGUACAUAUACAUUUAAAAAUGUUUCAGGAUACUUAGAUGUUAUAUAUAUAUAUUAUCACAAAGUCUACAAUAUUAAACACAGUGGUCACUAGCAGUAUGUGCUUACAUACUUCUACUUCGCCUGUAUAUCUCAAGAACCAAUAAAUUUUGUGUGACGCCCA